AUGUCCACUUCUCCUUCAUCUGCAAAGUACACCGUCUGGUUAGAACUCGACACCGCGACUGCAACUAGCAGCACUUACACACCUCAGAACAUAUUCGACCGUCUUCCAAGGCACGAGGAUAUCACACACCUCGAACCAGGCUGGGAGGUGCAAGGAAAACAAAAGCUAAAGCACCGUCGUCGUGCGCCUUCCGCCGCACCUUCUGUUACUCCAUCUACGAGUACACUUAGAUCACAGAAAGAUAGGAGGUACGGACCUAUCCAUAUCGACUGGUACGACCUCAUGCCCGACCGGGAGAAGACGUUCACUUUGACGACCGCCGUCGAGUCCGAGUCGGGGAGCACGACCCUUCCAUCAGGGACGCUGCAUCUCUUUCGGCAUCCCACUGCUCCUCCUCUACCAUCCGAUGACCCGUCAGACGGUCCACUCCUAGGCAUCCUCGCCCUGCCCGCGUACUUCACUCCCUCAGAUCUGCUGGACUUCCUCUCCCCCCUCCUACCCCCGCACACCAACAGCCUAGCCCAUAUCCGCGUUCUACGGGACUCGUUCCCCGACCGCUCGCUCGUGCUACUCAAAUUCCGCCCUUCGCCAGACGCGGUGCUCGCAGCAGACGAGUUCACAGCGGCACACAAUGGCCGUCCGUUCCAGGACGCAUCCCCAGAGAUAUGCAAGAUCCUAACGAUAGACAGUGUCCUCGUUACACCUACACCUUCUUCCCAACCACCGGAAGCUCAUCCCCCAGCCCCGCGUCAGGUGCUGACGGGGCUCGAGCUCCCCACAUGCCCAGUAUGCCUGGAUAGGAUGGACUCGGCCCUGACGGGGCUCAUCACAGUCCCUUGCACGCAUACGUUCCACUGUUCCUGUCUCUCUAGGUGGCCGGACAGCCGGUGCCCGGUAUGCAGAGCGAGCACCGCGCCGAGUUCACAACCGCUUCGAGAAGCGGACUUACGCCGGCCUCCUCUUCCCGCGCAUUCAGGGCACGGCGGCCACGGCGGCGACGACGACAAGGACAAUGCCGCUGAAGGAGGAACAGCACACUGCGCGUCCUGCAGCUCGACUUCCGACCUCUGGAUCUGCCUAAUCUGCGGCAACCUCGGUUGUGGCCGGUACGCACAAGCACACGCCGCAGCGCACUACCAACACACGCGGCACGCGUUUGCGUUGGAGGUCGAGACACAGCGCGUGUGGGACUAUGAGGGGGAUGUGUAUGUGCAUAGGCUGAUAAGGAAUAGGGUUGAUGGGAAGGUUGUGGAGCUUGCUGGGCCUGGACCGUUGGGUAGCUCUACCGGCGGGGCUGGGGCGGGCGGGGUAGGGGCAGGGAUGGGACAAGAGGAAGAGAAAGAGAAAGGGAAGGGGAAAGGACCAGGGGAGGAAGACGCACUCGUUGCUGAGAAGAUGGAAGCGAUGGGAAUUGAGUAUGGCCUGCUGUUGAGUGCGCAGCUGGAGACGCAGAGGACGUGGUAUGAGGAGAAGCUGGGGGAGGUGGAGCGUCGUUUGCUAGAGGUUAUGCAGCAUGAGGGGCGGGAGGCGGAGCGGGCACGGGAGGGGGAUGCAGAGUGUGAGGGUGCGGAGAAGAAGGAGAGGGAGAAGGAGAGGGAAGAGGGAAGAGCAAAGCUAGAAGCAGAGAUCCACGCUCGGGAAAAAGCCCAACACCGAGCUACUCAAGCCCAACACCUAGCGCGCACCCUCCAAACCGACUUGUUAGCAGAACGCGCAGUCAGCUCCGGUCUCCUAGCCAACCUCUCCCUUUUACGAGGGAGGGAAGCAGAGCACGCGAAGGAAAAGCAGGGUUGGGAGAGGAGGGAGAGGGAGUUGGAGGAGGAGUUGAGGGAUUUGAUGAUCUUUUUGGAGACGAGGGGGAGGAUCGAGAGUGGGGAGAUUGGGGGGUUGGAGGGGGGGAGUGUGGGGUUGCCCCCGAUGCCGACUACGAGCAUGACGCGGGGGGAGGGGAAGGGGACGCCGGAGAAGGAGCAGGGGAAGGGGAAGAGGAAGGGCAGGAAGUAG